UCCCAAUUCUCUCUCAUCUCUUCUCUAAUCUCUCUCCCAAUUUCUACUCUCUAUUUCUAUCUUUAUCUCCAUCUUUAUCCCAAUUCUAUCUCUGUCACUUUCUCUCUCUUACCUCAUCUUACCUCGGUUUCUUACCUCGAAUCCGUCGGAGCCGCUGCCGGAAGCAUCAUCAUAUCCUCAUCGCCGACCAAGCCAUCAGAGCAAUUUCAUCAUCUAACGGUUGCGAAUCGUCCAGUAUAUUACACAAUCCCGCGGUGACCGGUAUAUUACACAAUCCCGCGGUGACAACUCCGUGCGAGAGGGAUGGAUUCGGCCAUUAUCUCACAAUCCCCUUCCCUAAGAUGUUCGACUAAGAAACACACAAUAAUAAGGCAUAGUCCUCGUAAAUUGGUCGUUCCCAAAUUUGUGAAGCCGCAACAAAUUGCGGCGAGUAGAGCUGCGUCUCUGAAGUUAACAGUCAGGCGUGAAUCAUUCAGAAAAGCCGAACACGGCGUCGGCGAGGAAGACGGCGUGAUCAUUGUCGACCACGGAUCUCGCCGGCAGCAAUCUAAUCUUAUGCUGAAUGAGUUCGUUGCUAUGUUUAAAGCCAGAACCGGUUAUCGAAUAGUCGAGCCUGCUCAUAUGGAAUUGGCUGAACCAUCCAUCAGCGACGCAUUCAGGUCGUGCGUGCAACAAGGAGCAAACAGGGUUAUCCUUAGUCCCUUUUUUCUCUUACCUGGACGGCAUUGGCAACUGGUGAUUUCAAAAUGAAUAAUGCUACAUAUACCUUGGAGUGUUGUUGAUGAGUCCUUGAUAUAAUCAGAUAUUCCCUCUUUAGCAGCACAAGCAUCCAAGGAGCACUCAGGAAUAUCCUAUGUUGUCACAGCACCUCUUGGUUUGCAUGAUCUUUUGGUGGAACAUUGCCCUGUGAUAUCUGCCUUCCCCUCCCGACCAUCACCCACUUCGAAUGGCUGCCAUUCUCUCCUUGCCGCCUGCCCACCGCUCCCUUCUCCCUCUUCCCCACCAUCUGUUGCCUUCCGACUCUCAUUAUCCUUUCUUCCAAAUCCAAACCAAGAAGAAAUCCUCCACCCUCUCUUUUUCUCUCUCUUCUCCCCUUCAAAUCUCUAACUCCAUUGUUACCAAAGAAGAAGAAGAAGAAGAAGAAGAAGAAGCAGCAGCACCAGAGGAUGAUGGGGUUUCUCCUCUUGGAUCUGAAUCCUCCGUUCUAAGCUUAGAUGAUCCCCAAUUCAGAUGUUCGAUUAAGAAACACACAAUAAUAAGGCAUAAUCCUCCUAAGUUGGUCGUUCCCAAAUUUGCGAAGCCGCAACAAAUUGCGGCGCGUAGAGCUGCGUCUCUGAAGUUAACAGUCAGGCGUGAAUCAUUCAAAAAAGCCGAACACGGCGUCGGCGAGGAAGACGGCGUGAUCAUUGUCGACCACGGAUCUCGCCGGCAGCAAUCUAAUCUUAUGCUGAAUGAGUUCGUUGCGAUGUUUAAAGCCAGAACCGGUUAUCGAAUAGUCGAGCCUGCUCAUAUGGAAUUGGCUGAACCAUCCAUCAGCGACGCGUUCAGGUCGUGCGUGCAACAAGGCGCAAACAGGGUUAUCCUUAGUCCCUUUUUUCUCUUACCUGGGCGGCAUUGGCAACAGGAUAUUCCCUCUUUAGCGGCGCAAGCGUCCAAGGAGCACUCAGGAGUAUCCUAUGUUGUCACAGCACCUCUUGGUUUGCAUGAUCUUUUGGUGCAAGCUGUCAGGAUAUUCAAGCUGGGUUUCCAAGAUUUCUCCAAAAAUGUCAAACACGCACACACACACGCACACACAUUGUAAAGGAUCAAAAAGAUCCCUUCUAUGAAAUGUUGCAGUCUUACUUGACUUUAAAUUUAUAUUCAUUUUUUUAGUAUUGUUUGUUAUGCAUUUUGCAUACAUUUGAAGUUUUUCCCCCCCUCUUUUGGUCUCAUGGCAUACUAGACUGCAGGACCUAAAUUCAGAUGUUUUUGUAGAAAUAAAGUUAUCUAAACCUAUUAACUUGCAAUUUCGCAAGAUGUCUAUGAAGAGCAGUGAAGUUAUGUAAUAAAAAAACCAGCUGAUUCAUGCGAAUAACGUAAAUGUAAUAAUCCUUGCAACACAGCCAAAUAUAUUUGCAUCGAGUUACUAAAACUAGUGAACUUGACAUGUAUCAACUCAUUCACCCCCCUUCCCUGUGUGUGCUUGUAUUUAUCCGUUGACAUACCUAUCAACUGGAGUUUCAUACUUUUGGUCGUGUUGUUCCAGUUAAUUCUAUUUCUGAUCCCAGAGUAUACACUGUACCAGAGUAUUUUUCUAUUUUG